AUGCAACCUGUCGUUAACAUAUCUACAUUUUUGUCGUCUCCUUAUGUAUGUCGCUGUUGUCAUUCUAUCGGCUAUUUUAAGGAUUUAUCAGCUGAAUGUAAUUCGGAAGGCAAAGAGCUCUACGAAGAUUUACUUAAGAUAACUUUUAAUAUUGAGAUAUCUUUAUACAAUAAUGGUAAGAUGCAAUCCAGUAAACAAAUAUGCAACAACUGUAUCAGUCAGUUGAUGCAGGCAUUCACUUUUAGAAAUAUGGUUAUUACAAGUGAAAAUAGAAUGGCUGAAUACUUUAAAGAAUUACAAAAAAAUGAAAAUGAUGUAACAUUUGAUGAGACAAUUAUUAAAACUGAGAUAUUGCCAAAAGAAGAGAUUAAUGAUCAAGACUGUAUAGAGAAUGAUAACAAUGAUGAUGACUCCAAUGAUGAGUAUGUCAUCAUCACAGAACUGAGUGAACCAGAGCCUGAUGUAGACGAUGAAACACAAGCGAAAAACAGAAAAUCAAAAAGGCUUAAAACUACUGAGGACCAAUCACAACCAAAUGACAAAACGAACUGGUUAAAAAUCGCCGAGCGACGUGGACCUGGACCGAUAUUGAGAAACAAUUCACUAAAACUUAUAGAAAAUUCCACGAUGUUUGUGUUUCAGUGGAAUAAAAGCAGAUAUUAUUGUUACAUUUGCAAAGAACCCUUUAUUGAAAUUUCUUCAUUGAAAGAACACUACGACACACAUUCUCUAGAAAAUUUAGAGAGAAAAAUAAUAAACGAACAAAACAGAUUGGUGAAAGUAGAAAUUUCAACUCUAAAUUGCCUAAAAUGUUAUGAAAAUUUAAACAACAUUGAAGAUUUACAACAGCAUUUGAUAAAUAAACACAAUAUGGAGUUUCCACUACACGAUAACUUGUUGAUACCAUUCAAAAUACAAAACGAAGGUCUGAAAUGUCAAAUAUGUUCAGAAAACUUCGAUCGAUUUAGACUUUUGAAUAUCCAUAUGAAUAAACACUAUCAAAAUCAUGUCUGCCACAUUUGUGGGGCCAGUUUCACUAAUUUAGUGUUUUUAAAUCUCCACAAGAGUAGAUCUCAUAAGACAUACCACUGUCUGGAAUGCGAUCUAAACUUCGACAAACAGACAGACAAAAAGAACCAUGACAUCAGCGUGCAUAAUGUGAAAUUUGAAAGGAAAUCGAGAUUCCCGUGUCAGUAUUGCGAUGAGAGAUUCUUUCAGGAAAAUCUUAAAAUUCAGCAUCUAGUUGAGAAACACGGUAUGGACAAACCAAACCACAAAUGUCCAUUGUGCCCCAAACAUUUUAUAACUAAAAGUUUAUGCAACAACCACGUUAGGAAUGUACACAAGAAAGAAAAAAAACAUGAAUGUGACAUCUGUCAUAAUAUUUUUUAUACCAAAUCUGACGUAACGAGACACAGGGUGACACACACUGGGGAGAAAAACUUCUCAUGUGAUACUUGUAACACUCUAUUCGCGACCAAGGAUUCCUUGACACGCCAUAUAAAAAGAGCUCAUGUUGUUAAUAAU